AGAAGACCCCAGGCAGAUUGACAGGCUUCUGAGGAACCUAACGUGUUCAGGGCUUCUACUGUGCACCUGGAUAUAAAAUCAAGGGUGCUGUGAUAAACCUGAGAGUUGGCAAAUUUUGUGGGAGUUCAACAAUCUCUGCUUGCUCCUUCCAAUUAAAAGUGAUGGAAAGAAAUACUAACUUCUGUGUGGCAAACUUGGGUGCCAGAGUGGAAGAAAACACAGAAUACCAUCCCAUAAUAGGAACUGAAAGACAACUUGUAGGAGAGAUUCCAUCUAGCAGUGAAAAAUCAGAGGAUCAAACACGACAAAUCACUGUGAAUUUAAGUGAUGGUGGAACAAAACAUGUGGUGAGAGGUGGAAUUCAUAGCAGUGUGCUAAGUGGCCUCAGGUCCAUUAAAGCCAUCUCUGAUAAGAUAGACAACAUGAAGAAAAAGAACAAAGAGCCCUUCUUAAUCGGGAAGGAAGGGAUUGAGGGAUGCAUUAACCUGGGGAUGCCUUUGAAGUAUUUGCCUCAGGAUUCACAUUUGGAAAUGAAGUUUUACAAAGUUGAAAAAAAUGAGACUGCUGGUAUAUAUCGCCAGUAUAAUGAUGGGAAGGACUGUAUCUUGUUCUACAUUUGUCCAAAUGGAAACAGAUUAGAAACCAGUGGAGCACAAAGCCGUCGGAUAAUUAGCUGCAAGGAACUUCUUAAAGAACGCUGUGAUCUGUGUGUUUUUUCUCCAAACGGGGAAACUAUAAAGGAUGCCUUGUGCAAGGAUGGCCGCUUUUUGGAUGAUCUUACCAAAAAAGAGUGGGUACUGAUGGAUCAUGAAAAAUCUUGGGGUAAUAGUUUGACUGUAGAGAAAAAUAUAUCUAACAAGAGAUUUGAGGUGGAAUUGAAAACCGAGAGAGGCAUCAAAGGUACUGGUGGCCCACGUAAGGAUCAAAACCUCCUGGCCAAUUAUGACGUGAAGACUGAGAGUCUGGCCAAAACCUGUGAUGGUUUAAAUAAAGAACAAUUUCUCCAUCCCUUUCAGGAGGUGAAGACUAAAAGUCAGGUCACAACAUUUCUAAAAAAAGAACAAGCCCACCUGACCUCUCUCGAAGAGUACCAGAAAACUUUUAAAAUACUUUCAAGUAGUCUUCUACAAGAGUAUCCUUGCUUGGUGGAACAAAGUAAAGUCAUCAGCGACUUCUUUAAGACCAAGGCUCAACAAAAACCUCAAAAAGAUUUCUUACUAGCUCGCCGAGAGGAGUUUGGUAAAGUGACAAAGAAUUCCAUUCUGAUUAAGAUGCAGAGGAUCCUUACUGCUCGAAGUGAAUCAGUGGGGUAUAUUGUGUGGGGCACUCAUGCAAAGGAAGGUAGUGCUACUUGCUUUGUCUUCUGUAACAAGUACAUACUAACUUGCCGCCAUGUGGUGAAUCUGAUAGUUGGAGAAGGAACUGAUGAGAAGGAGUGGGCAUACAAAAUUAGCCAAUCGGCUUAUGUAAUUUUCUCUUACGAAGGCAGACACCCUAAAGAUAGUGACUCAUUCUCACUUGAGCAGUGGUUUGAAAUAUCAGACAAGCGUCUUGAUUUUGCUGUCCUGAAACUAAAGGAAAAUGGAAAGAGAGUUCCAGCAGGUUUGGUGCAAUUUUCAUCCCCUUCUCCAUUUGAUGGUCUUAUUUACAUUAUUGGCCAUCCAGGUGAUGAAGCAAAGUCUGUUGACGGCUGUUCUGUAGUCAGUUUACUGGUACGUGAACAGACAUGUGUAUGGCGUUUCCAGCAGUUGGAAGAACGCAAUGUCAACUGCAAUAAUGAGGAUAGCAUUACGUGCAUUCACAUGUUCACACCAAGAAGUUUUUUAAAAAUAAUCAAUAACCCUGAUGUAGUCACUUAUGACACCUCUUUCUUUCAUGGUUCCUCAGGUUCACCUGUGUUUGAUAGAAAUGGUAACUUAGUUGCAUUACAUACUGCGGGUUAUCUUUAUCAAUGUAAAGAUAUGGAGCGCAGCGUAAUUGAGUAUGGUUUUUCAAUGUCCUCUAUCCUUUUAGUAAUUAAGAAAGAACAUAAACUUUGGUAUGACUCUGAAAUAGCUCCCUAUUUGAAUUGUUCUGAUGUGGAGAUGCAAGACUUGGAUCAAAAUAGCCAUGAUCCAAGUUCUUACCCUGUUCCACAUUAGUUUGCAUUGUUUCAAAGAACAGUAUAAAAAUGCUAAAUGAGCAGCAUUUUGAUGUAUUGUCGAAGGCUUUC